GCGAAUAAAACAAAAAAAUACACGCCACCACGCACGCCAACGUGAAAUCAGAUGGCUGAUAAACCCUCAAGAAGCAGCACGAGCAUGGGGGUGGUCGACGACGUUGUUACCUCUUCAUCUCUGCAUUUGAACCCGCAGAACGACCUCCCGAAGACACCGCCCGACACCACCACAGCGCCUCCGUCUAUCCCUGUCGCCGCUGCCUUGUACCCGUGUAACGACACAAUCUCACCCCGUUCCAAGGAUCUUGUUCUUGACGACGAAUUGUCGACUGAAGCCAGCAACUCGUCCGACGAACGAGAACCAGAUUACGAAGACCACCUCAUCAAACCCAUGCCUGUGCUUGCCGUGUGUCCCGUCGACGUCCUCUCGUCGGCGACCAUGCCGACCUACGAUAGGUCCCCUAUCCAGUCGUUCGCGUCGCCCAACAUGCAGCCCUUGCCCAUGAACUCGCCCACCUUUCAACCCAGCGUGCUCAAGCGCGACCCCCUCGUACUACGCCAUCAGUAUUGGAAUCAACUCGGGAUCAACCUAUCCGUGCGGGAUCUGGAACGGUCCACGGGAAGGCGGCGCGUGAAGAAAGAAGGGAUCAAGGUGAAACUCAACGACUCCAAGGGCAAGCCGAAGCCCACCAACAUAUUUAAAGCGUUUUCUCGCUGGUAUACAAACGAAAUCAGCAACAGCGGCGGCAGCUCCAGUGACGCGGCGUUGGCGUCGCCCCCAGACGUGUCUGGCACGACGCCGCCGUCACCGCCCACCGUCGUGGAUGAUGCAAAGGACAUCGUCCCGCACUGGUUGCUCCAAGGCCAACUGACGCCACCAAAGAUCAUGAAGGACACGUCGCGGCCGCCACGGCCGUCCCAGGCCGCCAAAUCGAUACGAUUCGAGGACGAAGCCGACCUGUAUUACAUUCCAGUGCACAAAGAGUUCUCCAAGCGACAGAGGGAUAGCAUGUGGUACUCGCGCCACGAGUUUAUCACGAUGGUCGAGCGCAACUUGGACGAAAUGUACGACGAAAUGGAGGCCGAGGUGGAAGCGCUGGCCAAGCAGGAAGCCAUGGAGAACGACGCGAUGGGCGCCGAGGAGUCGCGGCAGCGCCUCGUGGACGCCGCGAUCAAGCAGCAGCAGCAGCAACAGUCGGAGAUGCGACUUCAACAGCAGCAGAUGCAACAAGCAGCAGCAGCAACGGCCGUACCAGGGAUGCAGUUGCGGCCGCAAAACACCACCGUCCGGCUACCCGCGCGGGGCCGGUCGCCUUCGGAGAUUCGAUUUAAAUAUUUGAAGCAUUUGGGCAUUUAAUAACAUAGUAAUAACUAAUAGUAUUAUUCAAACACGAGAAAUCAACGCGUCGU